ACAACGUCCACAGUCCUGAGAGCUGAGCUGAGACUGUUCCAGUGCGUAGCCACGGAGAUAAGUUUCCUUUAACGUUUAUUUCACCGUGAUUUUAUCUCAACGGUUUGAUAAGAAUCACAGUGGGUCAGAGAUUAGUUUGCUCCGGUGCUGCUGUGAACACCGUAAAUGGGCGUGACAGCCGCACAACAACAACACCACAACAAAAACAACGGAUCUGCUUCCGGUUUCUGGAUGUAGCUGUCAGACUCCAGCAUCUCUUUUUUAACGGGGAAGCGCUUUAUCAGCAGAUUUAGUAUGAGCGAAGGAGAGGUGUUUCAUGAGAAGCAACGAUUGGAGCUGUGCGCGAUUCAUGCACUCAACAACGUGCUCCAGGAGCGGGUGUUCACCAAGGAGACAGCCGAUGAUAUCUGCAAACGGCUGGCUCCACAGUGUGUGGUGAACCCUCAUCGCUCCGUGUUAGGUACAGGGAACUAUGACGUCAACGUCAUCAUGGCGGCACUACAGAGCCGGGAACUGGCUGCAGUGUGGUGGGACAAACGCAGGACGGUUCAGAGCCUCUGCAUGUCAAAGGUCCAGGGUUUUAUUCUCAACGUCCCGUCACGAGUAUCUCUGGGGAUCGUGUCCCUCCCGCUCAGACGGCGGCACUGGCUUGCGGUUCGGCAAGUUAACGGACAGUACUACAACCUGGACUCCAAACUGAAGAGUCCUGUCUGUAUCGGGGGAGAAGCAGAACUACGCACAUUUCUCAGCGAACAGCUUUCUCAGGAUGUGGCAGAGAUGCUCCUGGUCGUCCGCCGGGAGGUGGAGGAGGACGGUUCGUGGCUGAACUCUGACAACCCCAAGAAGUGACACCUUGGGACGGGACAUACCUUUAGUUAGCAUGGAAAAAAAACCUCCUCUGGGAAAAUGACAGACAUUUUUUAAAAAAAAAAAAACCUCAUUACAGAAAACUCUUCAGGGAAUGCACUAAAAUACAUUUAAUAUCUACACACAGAGGAAAUUCCAAAGAGGAGCAGAGACGGGCGGUUACUCCUGAGAUGAAGGACUGUUUUGAUUGUAACAGCUGUAAAAGCUUUUGCUCUGAUAUGACACAUGUAUCUGCGUCGUCCUUCUCUUAGUACCUUUGUUUUUAACACUGAGGAGGUGCAUCUAAGCUAACUAAGUUGUGUUUGAUGAGUUGUGACAUAUGACUGAACUUUCACUGUUUUACGGUAGGAAGAUUGCAGUGUUUGUGCAUGAGAAACCAUCCGCAAUAAGGAUAACUGCACUACUUUGAGUUCUGAAACGUCUCCAAGAUGAAAACAGUUUAACAGUCCGAGACUUUUACGAUUGAGUCGCCAAAAUCAGAUCAGUGUGUCAGUUAUCAAGCAGCACCUGAGUUCUCUCUUCCCAUUGUUGUAAACCUUCUAUGCACUGCAGAGUUUGAUUUGUUCGCACUGUUUGUCUUUGUGCGUGUUCACACAGGCACAGGUACUGUGAAGGCAUCACUCAGUGAGGCGUUGAAGGACCUCCAGUGUCUUUGCAUGUUUUCGCUGAUUUACUAAAACAUUUUCAGAGCGUGCCACGUUUUUUUGUUUUAGAUUUUUAAUUGUGUUUUGUUUUGCUCCAUGCUGCCUUUGUUUUCGUCUCAUUUAGCUUUGGUGUAAAAACCAAAAAUCAACUUGUAGAGAUUUUAAACAAGGCUGAAAUCUGUAAUCCAUCACAGCGAACUUUUGUCUUUGAUAAUGAUGGAUGAUACAUUUCAUCCAGGUUUCACGUCUCUGCAGGUCGAGUUUCGCACGAGUGAAAGAAGUUAGAAAGAUCUUUUUUUUUUUUUUUUUUUAAAUCUAAAUUAAAAGUUACAGUAAUAUAAAAGAAACCCUAUUCCUGAUCAGUUUUAAAUAAUUCCAACAUGCAAAAACACUGGUCCUGUGACUGUAUGUAACCUUUACGUUUGUAUGUUGUCUCUCCUAUUGAUCUAUGCAUAUCCAAAAGAAUAGGAGCGCUGCCUCUGGUACACACUAGUGAACAACUUACACAUAAACCUCACAGCUCAGAGGUUCGUAAUAGUGGAACUUAUUUAUAUUAAACUUUGACCUCUUGUUUUAAGUAUGAA